AUGAUUCUCCAGUCGGCUAUACUAAUAGUCGCCAUUCUGCUGCAGUUUUCGGCUGCUGGUACUAGCUUUCUGGCUCUAAAUUCGCAAAGGUACAGGGAAGCUUUGGAUGACGCCACGGCUGCAUCGUGGCCAGAACUGGCAUCCUUAGGAACCUCCAAAGAACCCUUAGUGUGCUUUCGCUUUACACAAUUUGACCUCCUUACGCAGCUGGCUCAAUCCUCCGCGAAUACUAGAUUUCUCCCUACUUUCUUUGAGGACUCUGUCACCAACGUUUGGAUCGACGAUGUCCCAUCUACUGCCGUUGGUGCUAUGUAUUCGCCAGUGGUGGCCGUUGGUCAACUCCCCGACUCAAUCGUUCCAUCUUUAUACAGCCAAGUCGACGGAGAGGAUGCCGUGGUAGUUUUCGAAUUUUCCGAGCCGUCUUACGAUUUGGAACGUCUCGACGAGUAUCUGGAAACUGCGUAUCUAUUUUUGGAGGACACAAUGGCUAAUAUCGACAACCUGGUGGUUCAGGUCCCCACUUCGGGCAAGUCUUACGUUAGGGAUGCUGCCGACGCCUCUGAAAUCGGCGUCUCGGACCCAAACAAGAAGCCCAAACCAAGUGUUCCAGCUGACGACACUGAAAUCCUCAGCACCUUGUGGACUGAAGGUCUCAUAAGCUGCUUAAUUGUGGCUGGGUUUUUGCUCUUUGUCCUCGUCAUUGCUAUCUCCUGGGUCACCAGCAUUGACAUAAGCUACGGUGCUCUUGAAAAACCCGUUAACCCUCUCAAAAAGACCAACUGA